AUGGUGCUAGACAUAGGGGAUUUGGGGGAGCAGCUGGCUUGGCACUGCACUCCAGCUGAAAAGAGAAAAAAAACUGUAUGGGCUUUCCCACUCGUGCUCAGGCUCGGCCCCAGGGAUCGGAGCAAGUCGGGCCCGAGCAACUCCCCCUCGGCGGCGUCCAGCGACGGAGGGGCAGUCCCAGGCUCGGCGGCGGCGUCGGCGGCGUCGGCGGCUCCCCCUCCCGCCUCUCGCCAGUCGCCUCGCGCCCUCGCCUCCGUCCUCCGCGCACCGGCCGGCGACCCUGCCUUUGGCCACUCAAUGUCAAUGGUUACCUGUUCAUGGAAAUGUCAAUGGUUACUAAGGAAGCAGUCCAAUCAUUACUGCCAAGAGCCUCUGGUAUAUAGAUUAACAUCUUCAGUAUCUGAGAUCUUCCUUCAACUAGCAAAGGGAACUAGGAUUCCACUCCUCAGUCAUCAUCAACAGAGGUAAACAGAUACAAUUCUUCAUAUUACAUUGUUACAGCUUAUAGUUUGUUUGUAUGUAGCCAAUAAACACGUAGAGAAGCCAAUGGGAAAGAGAGCAUUCAGUUUACAGUCAGAUUUGGUCGAAUAGAAGGUCAAUUAGAGGGUCAGGCGUGAGUCUUUUAUAUUCUGGUUGGGUUGUGUCUUGGUGUAUGCCAGGUGUCCAGAUGAUUUUUUCUAGUGUUAGCUCAUGACCUCCUCAUACCCUCUAGGCGGGCAAGGAGGUUUUGUAUGGGAUUCUCCUCCCUUUUCCUCUCUUUAAUGCAAGCGAAUUUUCAGGCUAAGGUUAAAAAAAUCCCCUCGUCUGUCCCAUGCCAAAGCACAGGUCUAAGGCCCGGUCCCGGUCGUUGGUCGUUCUCACAUGGGCUACGGUGCCGCUGUGUAUGGGUGGGGCAGGGGUUCGGGGGUUUUCUCGACCUGCGUGAGAAGGUCUUCUUCUUAAUACAAUGCCCGGGGGCUGUCUUACCCCCCGCAGGUCGAGUUUUUUUUUUCUUCUGCAUGUUCGAGGAAAAAAAAGUUUACAGUCAGAUUCAAUUAAAUGGAUUGUAUUUAACAUGCAUGGAAUACAAUUCUGGUCAUUUGGCUUAAGGACAAAAUGAAGGAAA